AUGCUCGCUGGCGCGAGGUUGCUGCUGCUGGUCGGCUCGGCGGCCGCUUUCGUGGCACGCGGGCCGGCGCCGCUCUCGCCGCACGCGCCGGCGGCGGCGCGCUCCGGUGCGGUCCUCGCCAAGAAGAAGGCGGAGGAGGAGGGGCUCUACUCGGACACCGUCUCGCUGCCUCAGACGUCCUUUUCGCAGCGGGCGAUGGCGGCGACGCGGGAGCCGGAGCUGCAGCAGUUUUGGUCCGAGAAGCGCGUCUACGAGCGCCUCUGCGAGACCAAUCCCGGCGAGCCAUUCACGCUGCACGACGGCCCGCCGUACGCCAACGGCGACCUCCACAUCGGCCACGCGCUCAACAAAGUGCUCAAGGACGUCAUCAACAAGUACCAGCUGCUGCGCGGCCGCAAGGCGCGCUUCGUGCCCGGCUGGGACUGCCACGGCCUCCCGAUCGAGCUCAAGAUUACAAUCUCGCUCACAGGAGCCGAGCGGCAGGCGCUGACGCCGAUCGAUCUGCGGAAGAAGGCGGCCGCCUUUGCGCGGGAGACGGUCGACAAGCAGCGAACCUCCUUCCAGCGGUGGGGCGUCUGGGCGGACUGGUCUGCGCCCUACCUCACCCUGCAGCCAGAAUACGAGGCGAGAUGGGCCGAGAGGAGCCGAGAGGAGCCGAGAUCUGCCCAGCUGGGAGUGUUUGGGGCGAUGUUCCUGCAGGGCCUCCUCCGUCGUAGCCCCCGUGCGGUGCACUGGUCGCCGUCCUCUCGCACCGCGCUGGCAGAGGCGGAGUUGGAGUACCCGGAGGGGCACACCUCUCAGUCCAUCUACGUUGCCUUCGACGCAGAGAGCAUCGCCAUCCGCACGCCUCCACUCAUCUCUUCACAGCGCAGCUUGUGCCUCCGCAUCGCUAUCUGGACCACCACGCCGUGGACCAUCCCCGCGAACCUCGCGGUCGCCGUCAACGCCAACCUCGACUACUCCGUCGUCGCCGCCCCGCAGAGCGCGGGAGGCGGCCGGCUGCUGGUCGCGACGGAGCGGAGCGCUAGAUGCGGAAAGGAAGCAAGCAAGGAGGCGGGACGCAGUCAGACCAGCGAUUGGGACACCAGCGUGGGCACCACGUACACGCACCCGCUGGCGGGGCGCAGCUCGAUGGUUGUGGAGGGCGGCGACUACAUCACAACAGAGUCCGGCACCGGCCUUGCGCCGGGCCACGGUCAGGAGGACUACCAGACGGGCCUCAAGUACGGCCUCGAGCUGCUCUCGCCCGUGGACGACGCGGGGCGGUUCACCGAUGAGGCUGGAGACGGCCUCGCAGGCUUGAAUGUGCUCGGCGACGGCAACACGGCGGUCAUCGAGAAGCUCAAGACGAGCGGCAACUUGCUCAGCGUCGAUCCGUACCAGCACAAGUACCCGUACGACUGGAGGACGAAGAAGCCAACCAUCUUUCGCGCCACGUCGCAGUGGUUUGCGUCGGUCGACGGGUUCCGCGACGGCGCCCUCGCCGCAAUCGGCGAGACAGAGUGGCUGCCAGCGGUCGGCGAGCGGCGCAUCACCGCGAUGACGCAGUCUCGCUCCGACUGGUGCAUCUCGCGGCAGCGCACUUGGGGCGUCCCGAUCCCGGUGUUCUACGACCGGCAGACCGACGAGCCUCUCCUCAACGAGGAGACGCUUUCGCACGUGCAGAGGCUAGUUGCAGAGCACGGGACCGACGUCUGGUGGACGUCGACCGAGGCGGAGCUGCUGCCCGAGCCGUACGCUUCGGACGCGGGCCGCUGGCGCAAGGGGACCGACACGAUGGACGUCUGGUUCGACUCUGGCUCGUCUUGGGCCUCGGUGGCGGAGGCGCGGGAGGGGCUGCGCUACCCCGCCGACCUCUACCUCGAGGGCUCGGACCAGCACCGAGGCUGGUUCCAGUCGUCGCUGCUCACGUCAGUGGCGUCGCGUGGCCAGGCGCCGGACAAAGGCCUUGCGCCGUAUAAGGCUGUGCUCACGCACGGCUUCGUCCUCGACGAGAAGGGCUUCAAGAUGUCAAAGUCGCUCGGGAACGUCGUCGACCCUAAGCUGAUCACCGACGGCGGCAAGAACCUCAAGGCUCAGCCCGCGUACGGCGCCGACGUGCUGCGGCUCUGGGUCGCGUCGUCAAACUACGCUGCGGACGUCUGCAUCGGCGACUCCAUCAUCAAGCAGACCUUCGAGGCGUACCGCAAGAUGCGCAACACGGCCCGAUUCCUCCUCGGCAACUUGCACGACUUCGACCCCGCCGUCGACGCCGUGCCGCUCGCGGAGCUGCCCGAGCUCGACGUGUACGUGCUCGGCCUGCUGGACGGCCUGCUGGCGGAGGUGCGCGCGGCGUACGACGCCUACUCCUUCUCGCGCGCGGUCGGCGCGCUCCAGCAGUUCCUCGUCUCGGACCUGUCCAACUUCUACCUCGACGACCGGCUCUACAUCGCGGCGCCCGACGAGCCACGCCGCCGCUCCUGCCAGACGGUCCUCUCCCGCGUCGUGGAGUCCGUCGCCGCCGCCGCCGCGCCCGUGCUUCCGCACCUGGCCGAGGACAUUUACCAGAACCUUCCCUACGCGACGCCGCACGCGUCCGUUUUCGAGGCGGGCUGGCCGGCGGCGGCGCCGGCACAGGGCGAGGAGCGGCGCGGUCGCGCGGCGUGGGCGGCGGUGCGCUCGCUGCGCGACGAGGUGAACCGGAACCUUGAGCUCGCGCGCGCGGAGAAGGCGUUGGGCGCGUCGCUGGAGGCCAAGGUGUUGCUGCACUGCGCGGACCCGGCGGUGUCAGAAGCCCUCGCGCGCUGGUCGGGCGCAAGCAACGGCGUCGACGAGCUGCGCUUCCUCUUUCUGACCUCGCAGGUUGAGCUACACACACACACACACACACACACACACACACACACACACACACACACACACACACACACACACACACACACACACACACACACACACACACACCGCUUGCCCACGCCCUCCGGGCCUUGCACUUUCAAUGCCGUGGGGCUCCUGUCGUCUAGACGUGGAGUCGCGAGGGACUAG